AUGAAUAUCAGACAGGCUACGGCAGAUGAUUUGCUAGCAAUGCAAAAUUGUAAUAUAAUGAACCUUCCCGAAAAUUAUCAAAUGAAAUAUUAUUUCUAUCAUUUGUUAUCAUGGCCACAACUAUCUUUUGUAGCUGAAGAUCACAAAGGAAGAAUUGUUGGUUAUGUUCUGGCUAAAAUGGAAGAGGAUCGUGAAGAAGAACCACCACAUGGUCAUAUAACUUCUCUUUCAGUUAUGAGAACUUAUCGAAGAUUGGGUAUUGCUGAAAAAUUGAUGACUCAAGCUCAAAAGAACAUGAUAGAAGUAUUCAAUUCUCAAUACGUUUCUCUGCAUGUUCGUAAAAGUAAUCGUGCUGCUUUACAUCUAUACAAAGAUACAUUGAAAUUCAGGUAA